AUGAGCACAAAUCUGAAGUACUUCAUCACUGGCGCCAAUCGUGGCAUCGGCAAAGGUCUUGUCACCAUCUUACUGCAAAGACCUGCAACUACUGUUAUUGCUACCGUUCGAGAUCUCUCGAGUAAUACCACCGAGGAACUACGCCAGCUACCAACGGCCAAAGACUCCAAGCUCAUUGUACUCAAACUCGACUCUGCAAUUGAAAAUGACGCUUUCGACGCGGUUACCUGCUUGACGCAAACCCAUGGCAUUACAUCUCUAGACGUUGUCGUGGCAAACGCCGGUAUCUCUCACUCGGGAAAACCUGUUGCUCAGACUUCUGUCGAGGCAGCCCUUGAACAUUUCUCGGUCAACUCUAUCGCCCCAUUGAUUUUAUUCCGGGCUACUGCUAGCUUACUCAAAGCCAGCAAAAGUGGUCGCUCCACUUUCGUCGCACUGAGCUCUAUUAUUGGCUCGAUUGGCGGAAUGGAACUACUCGCGGGAUUCCCGGCGAAACUGAGCCCCUAUGGAGCAAGCAAAGCAGCAUUGAACUGGCUGGUCCGCAGGAUUCAAUUUGAGGAGCCUUGGCUGAUCAGCUUUGUUAUUCAUCCGGGAUUGGUCCUAUCAGAUAUGGGAUCUGCCGCGGUCAAAGAAACAGGCGCUGAUCCGAUUGCCCUGGGGGCGAUAAGUGUCGAGGAAAGUGCCAAGGCAAUCCUAAAGAGCAUUGACGAAGCCACACCUGAUACGAGCGGUACCUUCCAGAGUUAUAAUGGGGGGAUUCUCCCAUGGUAA